AUGGAUAGUUUGAACGAUCACCCGAAAAUACAAGAGCACUGGCUUUGGAAGAAAAAUGUCCCUUUUAUUUAUGAUUACCUUUUUAUAACACCGCUUAGGUGGCCAACAUUGACUUUUAGUAUUCCUCCUGUAAGGUUUAAUAGUGAAAACAUGGAAAUUGAAAAAAAAAAUUCAGAUACUGAGCAUGAAUCUGAGAUAAGUUUAUAUGGACAACUUUUGAUUUAUGGAACUUACUCAACUUCAGUUUCAUCUAGCACUGAAGGAAGAAUGGCUGAUUUGAGUUCACAAGAAAAGUAUAUAACAAUUUCUAUGUUAGAUAUUCCAAAUUUUGAUAAUGAUCUCUUAAUAUGCGAUGGCCUAUCAGAUGAUAGUUCUAAAAAAAAAUUAGAAAAACCUAAAUAUCUACCUCCUGAUAUUAAUUCUAUUUUUAAAAUAGUUGUAAAUGAUGAUCCAAUCAAGAUUUGUUCACGAAUAGAUGAAUCUAAGAAUAGGAUUUUAGUUGCUUCAAAAAUGCUAAGAGGUGAAAUAUGGUUUCAUAACAUUGGGAUUAACGAAAUUUAUGAUGAGACAUUCAAAGUUAGAGCAAGGGCAUCAAAUAAUAAAGAAGAAGAAUAUGAAAUAGUUACUUUAUAUAGCUCAGAUCACGGAAAUAGUACCAUUUUAAAUCAUGAGUAUAAUUCUGGAAAGUCCGGAUAUGGAAUGGAAUGGGGAACAACUAACUCCAAUUGGUUGCUUUCAGGAAACGAAGAUUCCUCAAUGUAUAUAUUCGAUGUAAAUACAUGUGAAGCAAUAUUUAAAGAUCAAUCAUAUAAUAUAAGUUGCGGAAUUAAUGAUUUAUGCUGGAUUAACCCAACUCUAACUCCAAAUAUAUUUUCAACAGUAAACCAUCAAGGUUUUCUUUCAAUAUACGAUUAUAGAUGUAACUUGAAGAAUUCAAAUUCAAAUGAAAAUAAUCCUGUUAAUAAAUGGAGUAUUUCGGAUUCUCCUUGUGUCUCAAUAUCUGCUCAUCCAACUGUAUCAAAUUUAAUAAGUGUAGGAGGUUAUGAUGGUAACAUUUAUAUAAUUGACUUAAGAUGUUUUUCGAACAAUAAACAAAUUAACAGUUUAUCUUCUCAUAAUAAAGGUAUAAUUAACAAGUUUAAAUAUAAUUUCGAGCCUGUACACAGACUUGAAUGGCAUUCAGGAGGAAAUGGCCUUUUACUUUCUUCAAGUUUGGAUGGAAAAGCUUGCAUCUGGGAUAUUACUAGAUGCAGCAACAUGCCCAUUUGGGAUCAGAUAGAAUCAAAUAAUAAUCGUGUUUCUCGGAACAACAUUAUCUCAAAUUCAUCCCCAAACAAUUCUAAAAAGAGCUUAGAAAGCUCUAAUAAAUCUGCUGAUAAUUCAAUGGACCAAGAGGUUGAUAUAAAGCGAUCACUAAAACUUUUGAUAAAUAACAACUCUUCAAAUUGGACAAAAAAUGAAAAGUCAGAUGGCCCGAAUGAACUAAUAGGAGUACAUUCUGGCCAUACUGGCCAAAUUACUGACUCACAUUGGUUAUUCAGCCCUAAUGAUGAUUCUUGGACUGUAGUUAGUACUGACACUUUAAAUGGACUUCAUGUUUGGUCCUUUAAUGAAGCAGUAUUUACUUCAGAAAACGAUCUAAUAGAACUAUCGUACGCAAAACAGACAAAUCUCGAUCAGUUUUCAAUUUAUAGCACAAAAGAUUAUAUACAAAAUUUAGUAGACAGCUUAUAA